AAGCGAUCUGCGCCAUGGUGAAAUCCUAUUUAAAAUUCGAGCAUUCGAAAACCUUCGGCCAGAUAUGUACGGCAAACGCCAACGUCAUCUGGGACCCCUCUUCGCCGAAUACCGAUAGCGAGGAAACCUCUGCCGGAAAAAGCAGAGCCAGAAACGGUGCAGGAAGAGCAUUUGCGCCAGCAAACGAGUCUGUCUUCGUCUGGGACUUGAAAACCGCUACGCUUACCGACACGUGGACCGCCUCCGACAAUACUGCCCUUGUCACCGUCCUCGUUCGGAGUCGGACUGAUCCCGACGUCUUCGCCGUUGGAUAUAGCGAUGGAAAGAUACGGAUAUGGGACUCAAGGACAUCAACAGUCAUAAUAACCUUCAAUGGACACAAGACAGCCGUGACCCAACUCAGGUUCGAUCGCUCUGGCGUUCGUCUCGCCAGUGGCUCCAAAGAUACAGAUGUGAUUGUGUGGGACUUGGUCUCCGAGGUGGGCCUAGUGAGGCUCCGAGGACACAAGGACCAGAUUACGAGUUUACAUUUCCUGUCGGAAAGCGCUGAUGAUGGCGAUCAGAGUCCUGGAGGAAACGACGAACCAGAAUCGGACACUUACCUAGUCUCUACCAGCAAAGAUGCCCUGAUCAAAGUAUGGGACCUCUCGACGCAGCACUGUAUUGAAACACAUGUGACCCAGACCAACGGCGAAUGCUGGGCAGCAGCAAUCACAAGAGAAGGCAACGCUUGCAUCACUGCUGGGAAUGAUGGCGAAGUGAAAUUCUGGGAACUUAAUCAAUCGGCUUUGAGGACAAAACAGUCGACAGAGUCAAAUAGCGCCGGCGACAUCCUACGCGAAAGAGGUGCACUAUAUCGACACGGCAGAGACAGACCACUUGCAGUGGUGUGUCAUGCACAGAGAGAUCUGAUUGCAAUUCACGGCUCAGAGAAAGCCGUCGAGCUGUUCCGCAUUCGAUCAGAAAGUGAAGUUCGAAAAACCUUGGCGAGGAAGAAGAAGAGGAGAAAAGAAAAGUCCGAAGCGGUGACAGACCCAGACUCUGGGGUCGACGUUGCAGACGAAACGGACGACAUUUCGAGCGCAGCAAUCACGGAUAUCGUGGUCCCUUAUGUGAUUAUCCGCACGGGAGGGAAGGUGAGAUCGAUCGACUGGUCGUCGUCGAGGUCUGGAAAGUCGUUUUCCAUUUUGGUGGCCACCUCAAAUAACCAACUGGAAGUCUUUGAGGUGAUGGCCAAGGACAAGGUCAAGUCUACCGAAGUGCCAGACUACAACCGCACAUUGUCGGUGGACAUGCCAGGCCACCGGUCAGACAUUCGCUGUAUCGCCCUGAGCUCGGAUGAUAGAAUGCUUGCCACUGCAUCGAAUGGGAGUUUGAAAAUAUGGAACACCAGAACCCAGACUUGCUUGCGAACGCUGGAGUGCGGCUAUGCACUUUGCCUUGCCUUCCUCCCGGGAGAUAAGAUUGUGGUGGUGGGCACCAGAGAGGGGACACUCGAGGUGUUCGACAUUGCUGCAUCAACUCUACUCGAUACGAUCAAGGCACACGAACGGGAUGUUUGGUCUUUGCAAGUGAGUCCUCAAGGCAAAUCUCUUGUGACGGGAUCAGCCGACAAAACGGCCAAACUGUGGGAGUUCAAGGUUGUUCAGGAGGAAGUUCUAGGUACGACGCGGAAGAAUGCCAAGUUGACGUUGGUCCCUUUCAAGACUCUCAAGGUUGCAGACGAUAUUCUUAGUGUGCGAUUCUCGCCCGACGAGAGACUGCUGGCGGUCAGCACACUGGACAAUACUGUCAAGGUAUUCUUCCUGGACAGCCUCAAGCUCUUCUUAACCCUCUACGGCCACAAGCUCCCAGUUCUCAGCAUGGACAUCAGCUAUGACAGCAAGCUCAUCGUGACGUCCAGCGCAGACAAGAAUGUGCGGGUCUGGGGUUUGGACUUUGGCGACUGCCACAAGUCCUUCUUUGCGCAUCAAGACAGCAUUCUUUCUGUCUUGUUCGUACCCAACAACAACGAAGGCAAUGGACAUCACUUCUUCUCCGCAUCAAAGGACAAGGUGAUCAAGUACUAUGAUGCAGACAAGUUUGAACAGAUUCAGAAAUUGACUGGACACCACGGUGAAAUCUGGGCUAUGGCUAUAGCAAAUUCGGGAGAUUUUGUUGUUAGUGCCAGUCACGACAAGAGCAUCCGAGUAUGGCAACAGACGGACGAACAGAUCUUCUUGGAGGAAGAGAGAGAGAAGGAACUGGAAGAGCUCUACGAGGACACUCUUCUCACUUCGUUGGAGAAUGAGGGCGAGGGCGAGGGCGACGAGGGUGGACCGGAAGCCACAACGACGACGGGCAAGCAGACUGGCCAGACACUGAUGGCGGGCGAGAAGAUCAGUGAAGCUCUUGAACUAGGUUUGGUGGACCUGAAGUUGAUGCAGGAGUAUGACCGUGCGAAGAUGAAGACGGGCAAUUCCAAGAUUGCCGUUCCUCAACGCGACCCGGUGUUCCUGGCCAAUAACAACGUGUCAGCGUCGGUGUACGUCUUGAACACGAUUCAGCGAAUCCCGUCCGCGUCGCUCCAAGAUGCGCUCCUGGUCCUUUCGUUCUCGCAACUGCCCGCGCUAUUCACCUUCCUGGCCUUGUGGGCCGCCGAGGGGAGAAGCGUCCCCCUGACGUGUCGAAUCUUGUUCUUCAUGCUCAAGACACAUCAAAAGCAGAUUGUGAGCAGUCGGCAGAUGAAGUUAAUGCUAGAGGGCGUGCGCGACCAGUUACGGAGGACGGUACAAAAGCAAAAGCAUGAUCUUGGCUUCAACCUGGCUGGUCUGAGGAUUCUUGGUCGACGGCUCGGGGAAUUGGAUCAAAGUGAGUAUGUAGAUGAGGCCAAGUGGAUCCAGGAAGAGUCAACGUCCAGUCGUGGCAAGAAGAGGGGUUUCGUCAAUGUGGCAUGAGAAGCUACUACAGAGGUCAAUUCACACAAUCCACGGGGAUCUAUCGUUCAUUCCGAAUCUAGAUUUCUCACAAGGGACAGGUGGAUGACACGAACGACGAUGGAGGAUUCCUCUUGUGUCAGUAGUACGGACCGUGUCCAUGGGAUUUUGCAAAUGGGGAAAGGUGCUAUUGCACUUUCUGCCGAUCGAUGUGUCAAGAUCCAAUGUGAUGGAGACGCAGAUACAAGGCUUCAUGCAAGAUAGAGGAUCUGGCAGGUCGCUGUCAGCUGACUCAGGGUCCCAAUCAUUGAAACAGCAUUGCCAGCCGACAAAAGACUUUCUUGUUGAAAU